AUGACACUUCCAGUUCUGAUCAGCGGUGCUGGCUUGGGCGGAGUAUGCCUUGCUCAAGCCCUCAAGAAAAACAGCAUUCCCUUCAAGAUAUUUGAACGGUAUGGCCAAAGCAAUGUCAGCGCUCAAGGAUAUCGGCUAAGAAUCACCUCUCACGGCGUCGAAGCUUUGGAAAAAGCUCUCACCCCUGAAAUUUUCACUCUAUUUGAGAAGACUUGUGCCGACGCGCCGAAGCUCGGCGUGAGGGUCAAGCCCGAUGGAUCGACCGCACCAUUCGGGGCUCCACCAGGAGGACCCGGAGGGCCUGGAGGGAGAGCCUAUACUGUUGAUCGCAGUGUAUUUCGCGACACAUUGCUCACAGGUCUCGAAGGAAACGUCUUUUUCGAGAAGAAUCUCGAGCACUACACUGUCCACGAAGACAAAGUCACAGUCUCGUUUUCAGAUGGAACUACAGAAGAUGGUGCACUCUUGGUUGGCGCAGAUGGCGUCAGAUCUUGCAUACGCAGACAACAUAUCCCAAAUUUCAAAGGUCUUGAUACCGGCAUGCGCAUCAUCUUUGGAAAGACGCCACUUACUCCAGAGUUCUUGUCCAAGCUGCCAGAGGAAUAUCGCGAUGGAAUGAGUCUGGUCACAAACGAAGAUGACAACUCCCAGCCUGUUCUGAUGUUCGAAUCGAUCCAAUUUCCGCACGCAGGGGAAGUCUCGACUUUGGAUAUGCCAGGUCCAUAUAUGUAUUGGGUCUUGGUUGUGCAUCGCUCAAAGAUUCCAUCCUCUGACCAAGAUUCGUGGCAUCUCUCUUCCUCCGAAGCAGCCAAUCUUGCAGACCAGCUGACAAGCUCCUGGAAUCCACACAUUCGCACUAUUUUCGAGAUGUCAGACAUAAACCAAACAUCUAUCCGCUCCAUUUUGUCUGCGGGCCCAGAAAUUGACCCAUGGAGACCAUCUUCUCGAGUGACCUUACUGGGUGACGCGGCUCAUGUGAUGCCACCCACCGGGGCGAUGGGUGCUAAUACGGCCCUGCGAGAUGCAGCAGAUCUAGCACAGCGAAUAGUUUCAGUUGGUGGAGUGCAAAACGUGGACGAGGCAAUGAUUGGAACUUAUGAAACGGACUUGAGAGACUUUGCCAAAACGGCUAUAGAAUUGAGUUGGAGAGGUGGUUUGAAGAGCUUUGGCUUGAAACCUGUAGAGGAAUGUGAGCCGAUCUCUAUGUGA